AUUUGCCACUCGUAAUAUGGCGGACUUAAUGACGCAUCGGUUCAAGGUAUAGAAACAACCCAGCGCGGCUUCUAACUCUUCUACGUCUAUGCUGCAGUUUCCGGUCGGUCAAAGUAUGCAGUGCUGACCUGCUUCUAAAGUCAAACAUCUGAACAAACAGCUGGAGUUUUUCCCACAAUGACAGCGCGGAAUAUAGCCCGAUUUUGGGAAUGGGGACGAAAGAUCAUUUGCGUCGGAAGAAACUACGCGGACCACGCAAAAGAGCUGAAAAAUGCCAUCCCUACGGAGCCUGUCGUGUUCCUGAAGCCUCCAAGCGCAUAUCUGAGAGAGGGCUCCCCGAUCCUGGUGCCUCUGUACAGCAACGACCUGCACCACGAGGUGGAGUUAGGGGUGGUGAUCGGGAAAGGUGGCACAGCCAUCCCACAGUCCACCGCCAUGGAGCAUGUAGCUGGCUACGCCUUAUGCUUGGACAUGACAGCCCGGGACAUUCAGGAAGAAUGCAAGUCCAAAGGUCUUCCCUGGACCAUGGCCAAGGGCUUCAACACCUCCUGUCCUGUCAGCGACUUCAUCCCCAAAGAGCGCAUCCCUGACCCGGGGAACGUCCAGCUCUGGCUGAAGGUGAACGGCAAGGUGCGACAGAGCGGCAGCACCUCGCAGAUGAUCUUCUCCGUCCCUUAUCUCAUCAGCUACAUCAGCGACUUCAUCAGUCUAGAGGAGGGGGACCUCAUUCUGACCGGGACUCCUAAAGGGGUCUCUGCCGUGCAGGAGCACGAUGAGCUGCAGGCUGGCAUCCAGGACAUACUUACUAUGAACUUCAAAGUGGAGAGACCAGACCAUUAGGAGAAGAAACGGCAGGGAAACAAUCCCCAGCAGGUGGCAGCACUGAGCCACCAACUGUGUAGUUUAAUAAUUUCUAUUAAUCUAGAUUUGAUUAAUUUAUAUUGUCCUUAAACCAAAUCAGAAUCAAAUACAUAAAAACCUGUCUCAGUUGACAGUUGUUAAAGUGCUCUCUAUAUAUUUAAAAAUUAAUUAUAUACAAAAUUAAUAAUACUUUUCACUCAUUUUUUUAUGUAUUUUGUUCUUUUAAGAGAUUUCCCCCCCUCUUUUAUGAAGAAUUAUUGAGUUUGUGACAUUUUAAUAAAUGUUAUUGUAUUUUAGAUUUCUCAAAAGGACUCUUCAGUCUCAUUAAUUAAAGUAAUACAUAUUUAAAUGAAUACAAAAUAUGAAGAAAAUGUCUUAAUAGUUAAAUUCUGUGUAAGAUUUAGAAUAUUGUAAUAAGUGUAUGGAUCAGACGGAAACAAAGAGCCACUUGAAAGUAUUCUUUCUGUAAUGCAAGAAGUGAAAUGUCCACAUGUAGUUAAAUUCAGAUGUUAUGUUCCAGUCUAAAGUUGCCAUUUCUGUUUUGAAAAUGUAUGUAACAUUACCUAAGAUUUAAAAUGGCUUAUUUUCUAAUAUUUUUUAAUAAUCUCUUUCAUUUGUCAUUGCGACUUUAUACAUUACAAUGAAAUCUGUCCUCUUCAUUCAACCCAUCCCUCAGGGAGCAAUUUAAUAAGUCAAAUAUUAGAUUUUGGUGGAAGGUUUUUUAAAUAGCAGGCUGCGUUUUCACAUCAAGGAAACACUGGGCAGCUAAAGGGGAACAAGACAGAUUGACUGUCUCC